UCAAAAAUGAAAGUAAACUUUGGAAAGGCACUGGACUGCAUUGAGAAGUACGUGUCAUCUGCAAGUUCAACUGGAGCAUCAUCUCAAGGAAAAUUAGAGCAUAUUGUUUCAGCAGGAGCUCAGAUGAAAUCCUGUAUUGCAUAUCUGGAAUCUGAAAUCUCUGUAACAGAAACUUCUCAAGAAGAAAUCAAUGAAACCACAUUUCGGAAAUACAAGCAACUCUAUCUAAAAGAAUUGAAAAUUAGAAAAUUGUCAUACAAAAAACUAAGAGAAAUUCAUCAGAAUCUAACAGAAGACACUGCUGAUUUGCUUGAUGAAAAAAAGAGUAACAGAUCUUGAUGUAUCACUCUUGCCAUAAGAUGGAGAAAUGCAGCAGCCAGCACAUAUGGAAAUGAUGGCCAGGCUCAGAAAAUUCAGGAAUGAGGAACAAUCUCACUCCACAAUGUCAGUCAUCCUGACUACCAGAGGUGAUAUUCAGGGGUGAGGGGAAUUGAGAACAGAAAAAAGGGAGAACAAAUUGCAUAUGAGUAUGACCUUGAGAUGACCUUCAGUAGAAGAAGUUGCACAUUGACCCCACUGAUACUUCUCUAGAAAGAAAUUCACCCCAUUGACCUCUCUCCCCUAAAGAAAG